AUGACUCCGAUACACAGACAAUUGCUCUAUCUUUUCCUUUUUGGUUACAUUUUGGAAGCAGUAAUUGCAUCAGAUGGUGUUGGAUUGGCAGAUUUGGCAAAAGUUUUAGGACAGCUAGCCGGCGGAGACAAUUGUGUAUUUAAAUGUCCCAAAGGUAAGAUCUUCCAACGACCGGUUUGAAGCGCCUCGAUAAAUAGCAAAAUAGACUCUACUUUAAGAGUAACUAACACCUUACUGAAACAGACUACAAGUGCUUGUUUGAAAGAGACAGCUAAUAUAUAUAUAUAUAUAUAUGUGUGUGAUUUGGUUUAAUACGCUACACUGACUGCUCCUAUUAUUGCCUUAUAAAAGUCAUGUAAAUAAUUAGCACGGUGACGGUCAUUAAUAAUGGUUCCGAAUGUCACACCAGAAGCGAUCGACUAGACUACCUUGGACCGAUCUUAAGGCGCCCUAAACACCCGAUAUUCCCACCGUUAUUUCCUUUUUUUAGUCAUUAUCCUAACUAUGAAAAAACAUAGCAAACAAAGUUGUGCACAAACAUAACAUCAUUCCUUCAGCAGGUUUCAAAUAAGAUGACCUGGUGUAUUUUGAUUGGUUGCCCAUAUGGUCCAUUUAUUUACUCACCUGUGAAAUUGACCGUAGGGUACGUAACCAAAAGUAACUAAUGCUUUCAAGAAUAUUUUUUUUUUAAAUAAAGAAAAAAAGUAUAUUCCUCUCACAUACAUUUUUGAAACUGAUAAUUUCUUUUUUUGACAGGACACAAACCUCUUGCUAAUCCAAAACACAUACCAUCAUCAGAUGGCUGUGGUUCCAUGGGAAUCAAGGUAUAAUAAUUCUGAAACUACUUUAACCCUAAUAUCAGUGUGUUUAUUAUUCACUCUGUUCCCAACACAUUCUUGUUGAAACGAAUGAGAAUUUAUUCAACAAUCAAGUCCAUUUUUAAUAGGAGGCAAGUGUACCUUUGCUUCCUGCCUCCAAGGCCCCCAAGUGACCUCCAAGGUUAUUACAACUAAAAGCGUGGAACAUUUCAAAGAGCCUGUGAACAGGCUCAGAAUUGGAGCAGGGCAAAAAAAUGGCAAGUAGAGCUAGAGUGUGACCAAUAAUAAAUUUUUCACCCCACUCCACUUGGGAGCCUGUUCACAAUCUACUUUCAAUAGAUUUGACUUCUUAAGUUUUUUGUGUAUUUCAGAUUGUAAAAUAUAGUUUAUGUCCAAAAUAGUUUUGAGUGAAACUGGGGUGUGGCAAGAAGAAAUGCUAGCCUGACUGAUAAUUCUUUAACCAUGGGCUAUAGAUGGAACUUCUGUUGUGAAAAUCAAGAUAAGCAAUACAACUAAAGACAUUUUUGUUGUGUUGUCACUUACACACAUGCACUGUCAUUACUUAAAGUGGGCAUAUACCAUCCCUGUUGCAGUUAAUUUCUGUUUUUCCUUUGUAUUAAAUUCAUUAGCAUACAUUACCAUACCUAAAAACAAUGGAAAAAUAAAAAUUAACUGAAAUAAAAAAUUAACUACAACAUCCCCCUCUAUAUUGUGUUUAUUUCUUUUCUGCAGCUUGACACAACUCACUUUGCUGGCUUUACCAGAUGCUGUGACCUCCAUGACAAAUGCUAUGACACAUGUAACAAUGACCGCAACCAAUGUGAUGAAGAUUUUAAAUCUUGUCUAGACAAUGAGUGCCUCUUAACAGGACUUGGCAAUCGCCUGCCUAAAGAAGAGCUGGAGGCUUGUCAGAAAUCUGCAGACCUUAUGUAUUCAGGGACUUAUGCUCUAGGGUGCAUGUCUUACAAAGAAGCCCAGAGAAAUGCAUGUCUCUGUAAUGGAAGAAAAAUAACUAAGAACGAAAUGGACGAACUUGAGAGAGAUGAGGAAUUAUAACCCAUCAUAAAAUUAAUACUAGUUGUAUAUCUACUUUCAAUUCAAUUUAUUUAUUUGAAAAGUACAUAUUUGAUAGUGAAUCAGCCUAUAAGGCUUUUGCCUUUCCUCGCUUUUGUCUUAAUCAAAGAAAAGAAAGUUACAACCAUGAGUAAAAAAGCCAGGAAAGCCAUCUGUUAUACACAGGUAAUAGCAGAUUUGAUACUUAAAGCAAAUAACAUUUCACCUCAAAUGAGCAGCACAAGUACAAGGCAACAUCCAUCACAUUUCCUUUUUUCCAAUUUCUUCAAAGAUUCUGGUGGUCUGCUAGUGUUCAUAUUUGUGCUAUUUUUAAUAAAAAAAUCAUGAAACUUCUUUUUGGCAAUUUAAUAAUUCUUUUU